AUGUUAUCAUCAUCAAGAUAUUCUUCGUUUUGGAGAUUCGAUUCGCCGUUGGCCUACUUGUUCGGAGGGAUAGCUGCAAUGCUUGCUCUCAUAGUAGUGGCGUUGGUUAUCUUAGCCUGUUCACAGCGACACAGACGACCGGCAGCCAUCAGCGACCAGGAUGUUGAAAGUGGUAAGGCGGUGAUGUUUCAUGAUGAAGCAUAUUCCAGCCCGAAGAUCGUCGUGAUUAUGGCCGGAGAUGAAAUUCCGACGUACUUGGCCACUCCCGCAGGCGUAAACUGA